GGGAAAUAUUAUCACUCUUUUCUCCCUCGCCGCAUUUCUGCGCGCUCUCUUCGUCGUCUUGUUCAUCUCUUUCUCGCUCGCGCUCUUCUGGCCUCUCCGAAUUUGUAGUGACUAAUCCGUUCUUCGAUAUCUGGUUCUCGUCCUCUUCUACACCUGCGAAUUAUCUACCGGACGGGAGCUAUAACUGCAAGCCUCUUUUCCCUUGGUGGUCUCCUCUUCUCUCUCUCUCUUUUUACUCAUCCCGAACGCCGCUAUCACAUAGGAUCGGGCGACAGGAGGCAACGGCGAUACGGAAUGCACUGCGGCGCUUGUAGGCUGAGGCAUCGAUCCCUGGUUUACCGAUCUCUGCUGCAUCACGGCGAUGGACGUCGAUUCGGCUAUGUCCACUGAAUACGACCACAACCCCCCCGCGACUGUAGUUUCUAACCACCUUAAUGAUCCUCUAGCGCCAAUACCUCAAGAGGGUGCGGUGGUGCUGCCUGAUUAUCAGAAGCAGACAGCGACGGCUGUGGUCGCGGCGGCAGGGCCAAGGCCAGCUCCGACCUACACGGUGUUGAACGCUAUUAUUGAGAAGAAGGAGGAUGGGUCCGGCUCGCGCUGUGGGCACACGCUCACGGCAGUAGCGGCAGUCGGGGAAGAAGGAACGCCCGGGUAUAUCGGCCCGAGACUGAUCCUGUUUGGCGGUGCCACGGCCCUUGAGGGAAACUCUGCCACGCCGCCGUCGCCAGCCGGUAGCGCUGGUAUUCGUUUGGCAGGGGCAACUGCUGAUGUCCAUUGUUAUGAUGUUACUGAGAAUAGAUGGACAAGGCUCACUCCAAAUGGGGAAGCACCCUCACCAAGAGCUGCACAUGUUGCUACAGCUGUGGGCACCAUGGUAGUAAUUCAGGGUGGGAUUGGCCCUGCUGGUUUAUCAGCAGAGGACCUUCAUGUCCUGGAUUUAACACAACAACGAUCACGUUGGCACCGAGUAGUUGUUCAAGGACCUGGUCCUGGGCCACGUUAUGGCCAUGUUAUGGCUUUAGUGGGUCAGAGAUUUCUAUUAUGCAUUGGUGGAAAUGAUGGGAAGAGGCCUCUAGCUGAUGUUUGGGCGCUCGACACUGCGGCUAAACCUUAUGAGUGGAGGAAGUUGGAACCUGAAGGUGAAGGCCCACCUCCGUGCAUGUAUGCAACUGCAAGUGCACGCUCCGAUGGUCUCCUUUUGCUUUGUGGAGGGAGAGAUGCAAAUAGUGUGCCUCUGGCAAGUGCAUAUGGCCUUGCGAAGCAUAGAGAUGGGCGUUGGGAGUGGGCUAUUGCCCCAGGGGUCUCUCCUUCUCCACGGUACCAACAUGCAGCUGUUUUUGUUAAUGCAAGGCUUCAUGUAUCUGGAGGGGCUCUUGGUGGCGGCCGCAUGGUAGAAGAUUCAUCAAGUGUUGCAGUGCUGGACACUGCUGCUGGAGUUUGGUGUGAUACAAAAUCAGUUGUAACUAGUCCUAGAACAGGAAAAUAUAGUGCUGAUACAGCUGGUGGAGAUGCUUUAGUUGAGCUUACGCGAAGAUGCAGGCAUGCAGCUGCUGCAGUUGGUGAUAUGAUUUUUAUUUAUGGAGGAUUGCGCGGCGGUGUGCUGCUUGAUGAUCUACUGGUUGCUGAAGAUAGAGCUGCUGCUGAGACAACAACUGCAGCUUCUCAUGCUGCUGCAAUUGCUGCACCUGCAAACGGACGACUAGAGGAAGGGCAGGCUGUACCUAAGGCAACUCCUGAUGGUGGAGUCGUUCUUGGUACUCCAGUUGAUCCUGUUGUCAAUGGUGGCAUGUAUACUGAUACAAGUGCUCAAACUACCAUUCUUCAAGGUCCAAGAUUGAGCAGAGGUGUAGAGUCUUUGGUUGAAAACUCGGCAGCAGAGGCUGAGGCAAUAAGUGCUGCUUUGGCUGCUGCCAAGGCUCGUCAAAUGAAUGGUGAAGCUGAGCAGUUUUCUGACCGUGAUGGUGGUCCAGAGGCUACUUCUAGUGGGAAACAAAUUCCUAGCUUGAUGAAAGUAUCAGAUUCUGCUUUGUCUAACAACACCCCAUUACCUGGGAUUCGGCUACAUCACCGAGCUGUUGUCAUAGCUGCAGAAACUGGUGGUGCUUUAGGCGGUAUGGUCAGACAACUAUCAAUUGAUCAAUUUGAGAAUGAAGGCAGGAGAGUGAGCUAUGGGACUCCUGAGAAUGCAACUGCUGCUAGAAAGUUACUAGAUCGUCAAAUGUCAAUUAACACUAUACCCAAAAAGGUCAUUGCAAAUCUUCUGAGGCCUCGUGGUUGGAAGCCUCCUGUACGAAGGCAAUUUUUCUUAGACUGCAAUGAACUUGCAGAUUUGUGUGAGAGCGCUGAGCGAAUAUUUUCCAGUGAGCCAAGUGUCUUGCAAAUUAAAGCUCCUGUUAAGAUUUUUGGUGAUUUACAUGGCCAGUUUGGGGAUCUCAUGCGCUUGUUUGAUGAGUACGGCGCCCCUUCAACAGCUGGAGAUAUAGCUUAUAUUGAUUAUCUCUUCUUAGGAGAUUAUGUUGAUCGAGGUCAACAUAGUUUGGAAACUAUUACUCUUCUUCUUGCAUUGAAGGUCGAGCAUCCUCAUAAUGUUCAUCUUAUCCGUGGAAAUCAUGAGGCGGCAGAUAUUAAUGCUUUGUUUGGCUUUCGAAUAGAAUGCAUUGAGCGCAUGGGAGAACGUGAUGGAAUCUGGGCUUGGCAUCGUAUAAAUCUAUUAUUUAAUUGGCUUCCUUUGGCUGCGUUGAUUGAGAAAAAAAUUAUCUGUAUGCAUGGUGGCAUUGGCCGGUCCAUAAAUCAUAUAGAACAGAUUGAAAACCUACAACGCCCAAUUACAAUGGAAGCAGGUUCAGUUGUUCUCAUGGAUCUUUUAUGGUCUGAUCCAACAGAGAAUGAUAGUGUUGAAGGUUUAAGACCAAAUGCCAGAGGCCCUGGUCUUGUUACUUUUGGGCCUGACCGUGUUAUGGAGUUCUGCAACAACAAUGAUCUGCAACUGAUAGUCCGUGCACAUGAAUGCGUGAUGGAUGGUUUUGAGCGUUUUGCUCAAGGACACUUGAUAACGCUCUUCUCUGCAACCAACUAUUGCGGUACUGCAAACAAUGCAGGGGCCAUCUUAGUUUUGGGAAGAGACCUUGUGGUUGUUCCUAAACUAAUUCAUCCACUUCUUCCACCUGCAAUUUGUUCACCUGAAACAUCAUCAGAGCAUCAUAUCGAGGACAUGUGGAUGCAGGAUCUUAAUGCAAAUAGACCACCGACGCCAACCAGGGGUCGCCCACAAGUACCAAAUGACAGGGGUUCUCAUGCUUGGAUAUGAUCCCUCUCUCUCUCUCAUAUUCUCUUUGUUAUGAUUAUUUUAUUUCUUCAACACAAUUAACUCCUGAUUGGUUGGUUUCGUCGUCGACGGCUUUCGGGAAGCCUGCUGGGAUCAUUUUCCUGCCAAGGGACGCAAGCUGAUGGCGACAGAGCUUAAUGGAAUCCGGUAAGGGAUCAGAUUUUCUGCCUAUUUUACUUGAAAUUGAUCCAGGAAUUAUGAACGAAUGAUUGGAAUGCAAUGCAAUUUUGUUUGAUGGUUCAGUAGAUGAAGGUUGCCUGACUGUGUCUCUGCUAAGUUUGCCUGUGUAUAGCAGAUAGAUGUGUGUAUAUGUGAUCUUGCUAUUUGAAUUAGGAUAUUCUUCUUCUUCUUUUUUCCUCUCCGUCAUUUUGACUCCUACGUUUAACGCUUGAAAAAUAUAGUGCUGCGUAGCCUGCGUGGAGACAUUGCCACUAUUGCUUUCUUUGAAUCAUAAUGUCCAAUCUCGUAUAGCA